UAUAAAACAAUCAACAUUUCCUUUUUCUUUCGGAAAAACAAUAAAAAUUCCCCCAAAAACCAAACCUCUAAAAUUUCCAGUUUCCCUCGAUGCAUGCUGCAAAAUAAAGUAUCCGGGAUGGUGCAUAUUUUAUGUUCAGCCGUAUAUCUCUUAGAAGAGCAAGGGGAAUAAUCACUGUUACCGGUGAUAUCGGUGAUGGUUACCUUGGUUUCGACCAAAAAAAUAUUCAUGCUGGGUUUUUAUUAUUGGUUUUUUGAAGCUUUUUAGGGUUUGUUUGAGGUUUUUGUUAAUUUUGGAAGAUCAUUAUUUUCUUAUAUUGAGAAAUGGGAAGUAGAAAAGAAGAAGAAAGAAACGAAAAGAUAAUAAGAGGUCUCAUGAAGCUGCCUCCUAAUCGUCGUUGCAUUAACUGUAACAGCGUGGGUCCUCAGUAUGUUUGCACAAACUUUUGGACUUUCGUUUGCAUGGCUUGCAGUGGGAUCCAUCGUGAGUUUACUCAUCGUGUAAAGUCUGUAUCAAUGUCAAAGUUCAUUUCACAAGAAGUUGAAGCUCUUCAGAAUGGCGGUAAUCAGCGUGCAAGAGAUAUAUAUCUCAAAGAUUGGGAUAUGCAGAAGCAAAGAUUACCAGACAGCAGCAAUCCUAAUAAAAUCAGAGAGUUCAUAAAGAAUGUCUAUGUGGACAGAAAAUAUACAUCUGACAAGCCUCCUAGAGACAUGCAGAGCCUUGGAAAUCAGGAAGAUAAGAGAAGGCCCAGUUCUUAUCAUUCUUAUUCUGAAAGUCCACCUUAUGACUAUCAAUAUGAAGAUCGGCGUUAUGGAAAACAAGUUGCUGCCAUGCUUUCUAGGAAGCCUGGUUCAGAUAGAGGCUUCUAUGUGAGGAAAGCUUCUAGUUUUGUAUAUAGUCCUGGCCGCUCAAGUGGUCACAUUUUCGAGGACAGGUUUGCAAAUGAGGCUUCUGCUCCUAGAGUGUCAGACUACUCUGUAUCCAGUGGAGGUGAUACUUUCAAAUCUGGUACAGGGUCACCAAACUUUCAGAAGGAAGUUGUAUUUGGCAGCCCAAAUUCUCAACCUCAAACAGAUAUCUUAAGUGAAGAUGCACGACAUCAAACAAGUAAUUUGUUUGUGGACCCAAAUUCUAAGAAAGAUGCUGCAGGGAUUUCGCACCCACAGAGAACCAAAUCCUUGGGAAGUUUUGGCUCAAUUGAUAAAAAUUCCAUGUCUGUCAAGUCAUGUAACUCAGACAUUGGACUGGAUGUUGUCUCUGAGCCAGAACAAAAUGUUGGUUCCCCUCAUAAUAAAGCAUCUAGUUUUUCCCAAUCAUCUGUUCCUGUGAAUUAUGGUGGCCCGGAUCUCUUUAAUGCAUGCAACACUUCUGCCUCUCCACCUAUAUAUUUGUUUCAGUUACCUGCAACCUCACCAGUUUCAUCCGAGAAUGUAUUUCAUCCUGCGGCUUCUUUGAUGCAACAUGGGAAUUCAUAUCAACCUUCACCAUCUAUUCCAUCUGUAGACCUAUUUGCUGGGAUUUCUGAGCAGCCCCCAGCUACUAGUUUUGGCAGAAAAUUGCCAGAGUCACCUGUACCUAAAACUGAAGAAUGGGCAAUGUUUUAUAUUCCUCAGCAUGCAGCUUCUGGUCCAGUAACCAAAAAUCUUUCACCUGCUGUAAUGCCCAGUCAUGGAGAUUUGUCCAUGAAGUUUGACCAAUUGCAAUCACUAAACACAACCAUGCAGUGUCCGCGAUUUGAAAAUUCUAGUUCUCUUUCUUCUUCAGUAAAGUGUAGUCAAUGGCAAGAGGGGUUGCAUGAUGGUCGAUCCUCCACCGCUGCAAACUGCACUCAGGAACCACUAGUAGCAUACAAUCAUUCAGCCACCACUGAUCUACAUUUGGGCGUAGGAGUUUCAGAGAGCCUUGAUAAUGAUGGCUUCCCAACAGCUAUAUAUGGGGAUGGCAUAGCACCACCAUAUGUGCCAAUGGUGAAUCCACCUUUGGGAGAGAACCAAUUGCAUGCUGCUGGUCUCAAAUCAACCAACCCAUUUGAUCUUCCUUAUGAUUCUGAACUGGAACGAAGUGAUAUGUUUUUGGAUAUGAGUUCAUUGCAAACUGCACUUCCUAAUGCUCAGUUGUCAUCUACCUUUCUCGGUGGUGUGUCGCAACCAUGGUUUCCUCAGAAUCCAGUGACCCCAUAUAUCCCAGGAACACAAGGUGGCUUAGCAGUAUUCAUGUCUGGUCAAGCACCAAGUUCUCAAUUAUCGAAUGUCUCAACCCAAGGGCCCAUUGCUUCCAUCGGAGGAAAUCCUUUUGCAUAGAAUUCUACUGGCAAAGGUUGCAUUUUAGUUCUUUUGCAGUUGGUGAUAGUUUCUUGGUGCCAAAAAUAUAAGCCAAUGUCUCGGUGGAUUAAAAUUAAAUCUACGGAGAAGUCAGUCUGUUUUGUCUUUGCAAAUAAGAAUACGAUGCCUUGGACCGAAAAAUUCCUUAUAGUGUUAUAUCUACUCUUGUUUAUACAUUGUGAGUUAUGUUAGAAGCAGUGGUGCAGCAAGGGGAAUGACAGGGGAAAUAGGUUUAUAAGGUUCUUGGGGGUGGAUAUGAUUUGAUUGUAUUAUACUUGUGCUGGUCCAUAGGCUUUCUAAGCGAUUCUUGUUUGUAUAUAUUUUUUUAUUGUUUUACAUUGUUGCAAAUAUGGGGAGAUCUGUAUAAUGUUGAACUAUUUUUCUCUGGAUCCUUAUAUUUUUUGCCUUACAUUAAUUUCUUUUUCUUUUUGUAUAUUGGACUCUGGAAACAAUUUAAGUACUGUAAUGUGCCCUUGAAAUCUUAAGCCUGUCAAGGCACGUUUGGUUGGGGAGAAUGGAAUAGAGCUGUAAUAGAAUAGAGUUGUAAUUAGUAAUUCAGUUGUUUGGUUGAAUGAAAUGAAAUAAAGUUGUAAUA